CAAGCGUGCGGCGCGAGAGUUAUUGGAACGCGAGUCAGGAGGCAGAUAAUGUCAUGUCACAGGACACCAAGUAGUCCUAUUUAAGUGGAGAGGAACGGAGCCCUGCAGCCACCACCAUGAAUUUGGGUCCCAAGAACUCCUAUGGUAAUGGCCUGGCGUACGCUGGCUUCAACCAAGACCAAGGUUGCUUUGCCUGUGGGAUGAACAAUGGCUUCCGUGUGUACAACUGUGACCCCUUGAAGGAGAAGGAGCGGCAGGACUUUUCAGAUGGAGGAAUUGGCUACGUUGAGAUGCUGUUCAGGUGCAACUACUUGGCGCUGGUGGGCGGCGGCACCCACCCCAAGUACCCAACAAAUAAAGUAAUGGUGUGGGAUGACCUUAAGAAGAAACAUGUGAUUGAACUGGAGUUUGCCUCAGAGGUGCGAGGUGUGAGGCUACGGCGCGACCGCAUUGUUGUCAUUCUAGACACCAUGAUAAAGGUUUACACGUUUACCUCCAACCCACAGCAGCUUCACGUAUUUGACACAGCAAUGAAUCCAAAAGGGCUGUGUGUCCUGUGUCCAAACAGCAACAAUUCCCUCCUGGCCUUCCCUGGUCCCCGUACUGGCCAUGUUCUCAUAAUCGAUCUGGCCAACACAGAAAAGUCUCCACUUGAUAUACUUGCCCAUGACUCCCCUCUCAGUUGUAUUGCCCUAAACCUACCAGGAACAAAAUUAGCAACUGCCUCUGAAAAGGGAACCUUGAUCAGAAUUUUUGACACAGCCAGUGGAACUCAGCUGAAUGAACUGCGCAGAGGAGCAAAUGCUGCCACCAUAUUCUGUAUCAACUUCAGCCAGGACUCCUCCCUCCUGUGUGUGUCCAGCGACCAUGGCACAGUGCACAUAUUUGCCACAGAAGAUGAGGACAAGAAGAACAAACAGUCAAGCCUGGCAUCAGCUUCCUUCCUCCCCAAGUACUUCAGCAGCAAGUGGAGUUUCUGCAAGUUUGAGGUGCCUGGUGGGUCACAAUGUAUCUGUGCCUUUGGUCCAUCUAGCAACUCAGUCAUUGCUAUAUGUGCUGAUGGCAGCUACUACAAGUUCAGUUUCAGCGGCAAGGGAGAGUGUAAUCGGGAAGUCUACACUCUUUUCCUGGAUAUGAAAGAGGACAAGGCAUAAUCCUGGAUGCCUCACUGCCAUCCAGGAGGAAACAAGUUCUUGUCCACAGCUCCUUGGGGGCAUGUAGCUAAUGUACACUUGUAAUCCUUGAGAUUGUCCCCAAGUGAGCCCUCCACCAUCUCCACCAUUAGUGUGUGAUGGUCCACUAGUAUUUUAGGAAAGACUCCCUCAUUCCACUUUUGGCUUAAACUUAUGUUGAUAUUAUAACUGUCUAUUUAUUUUUACUAAAUAUGUAAUCUGAAAUUCAAGCAUACUCCCAUAAAGUUUAUUGUUUUUUUUUUUUUUUUUUUUUUUUUUUUUUUUUUUUCAAGGGAAUUUUCAGUAUUUUCUUUUCAUCUCAUGAUUCAAAGAUUUGGCUGUUCAGUACAGAAGAAUGUCAAUUGAACUGUGAUGCAUAUCAGGGAAGACUAUCAUAUUAUACUUGCCAUAAACUGAAGUGUCAUUUUUAUUUAAGAACUUAUUUAGUAUGUUAGAGAAACACAAAAAAACAAAGAUUUCUUGAUUAAUGAAUAUGGGAAAAUAUGUGACAUCAUUGUAUAUAUAUAUAUAUAUAUAUAUAUAUAUAUAUAUAUAUAUAUAUAUAUAUAUAUAUAUAUAUAUAUAUAUAUAUAUAUAUAUAUAUGGACUAAACAUUUUUUUGCUGUUGAAUUAAGAGGUACAUUAAUUGUGUGGUGCUCCACUGCACUACUUGCUGUGCAUGAGUCACUACAUUUAUCAUGCUUGUACUGCAGAAAUAUCCAAGUGUGCCUCACCUUGUGUAGAGCAAAGAAAACAAAAUUUGUAAUACAUUGCUAAAACACACAGAAGAACAGAGAAAAAAUGUAUGCUUAUUGAUAAAGAGGUCAUGUUAAAGGAAAAUUAUAUUCACACACACACACACACACACACACACACACACACACACACACACACACACACACACACACACACACACACACACACACACACACACACACACUUUUGCUCUUCUUAACACUGCUUUACAUUUUAAAUGUCCUUUUACUCAUGAUUUUUUUUUUUUUUUUUUUUCCUGUUCUCAAAAACAUAUGUUCUUUAUUCACAUCUAAUAGGCAUAUCAUCAUCUGAAGAUGCAGAUUUUAUCUCAGGAACUGAGGACAUGUAGUACAUAUAGUGUAUUGGAGACAGCCUUGUGGCAUGUCUUGAGAGGUGUACAAUGGAAGGCAAGCAUGGAACUCAAAACAAUAUAUUUACAAAUGAUACAUCAGAUUUCAUUUGCAUCAUAGAGAGAGACCUACCUGCUCUUCUUAAAGGUGUUGCUGUAAAUUGACUUCAUAUUCAUUCACAUUAAAUUGACAUUCUAUUGUAUUGGAGGUUCUGGAGUUUUAUAUUUUUAUGUAAUUUAAUUAGAUUUUGACAUAUGAAAAAUAGUCACAAAUUACAGUUAUGCAUUAAUUGUAUUCAUAAUCAAUGACUGUCAGUUGAUAAAAAAAAAAAAAGAAACAUGGAAAAGCUGGUUAUCAGAUCAGUAAUUGGAGGAUGUUGGAGAUAAGGCUGAACUGAGCUAUUUUCUGUGCCACCAUGGCAUGGAAGCUAUCCAUUCACUGAGGUGCUCUCUCUCUCUCUCUCUCUCUCUCUCUCUCUCUCUCUCUCUCUCUCUCUCUCUCUCUCUCUCUCUCUCUCUCUCUCUCUCUCUCUCUCUCUCUCUCUCUCUCUCUCUCUCUCUGUCAGUGUGAUGGGAGCAGAUGCAAGUGAUAUUACCUUUUGACUGGUGUUCAUGAGCAAAUGAUGUGUCUUUUUAAGGCAUCAGUUUUAGAAAGCAUUGUAGCUCAGAUCAUUUAGAAUAAUUGAUAUAUUUCAGUUCUCGUACAUCCUAGUGUUUCUCUAUCUGAUAAACAGUUUAGAAAUUUUUAGUUUUCUUACUUAUAUUAGAUUGAUUGUGUUAUACAUGGAGACUGUAUUGAACGUCCAGCAUGUAUAUAUGUAUAAAAGUACUCUAGUUACUAUGUUUGGAGGUGUAUGGUUAAUGACAGCAAAACUUAAUGGGAAUGGUGUUUCAUCAGACUUUCAUUAUAACACAGUGACUAGUGAUCUAAAUAACAUAUAUGAUUGAAAACAUUGAUGUCUGAUCUUCAGAGGGUGAAGUGACCACUAGCUGUGAUGAUCACCCCUUUCAUUGGGUGGGACUGGGAAAUCAAGGUGUGAGAAUACCUACACACCAUAUUAAGGAAAAUCAAUAAGGGACCAUCCAUAAACAGUCAUAUUCAUCAAGUAAGGUAGAGGCAAAACCCACUAAGAAGUUUCCAUUUGAAGUAAGGUUGUGAUGCCUAGAUAUUUAAACUGAUCACACAUUUUUAAGAUAUGUUACAGGAAAUCCAUUGAUUUCAAACCAUGAUAUGGAAUAAGGACAAAGCAGAAAGAGAUGUUGGAUUAGGCUAUUGAGACUUUUGGAGGAGGAUACCACUCUUACUAGAAGUUAAUAUGGGAUGCGAUUUUCUCUCUCUCUCUCUCUCUCUCUCUCUCUCUCUCUCUCUCUCUCUCUCUCUCUCUCUCUCUCUCUCUCUCUCUCUCUCUCUCUCUCUCUCUCAUUGAUUUGCUCACAUAUUUAUACAAGUCCAGAGUUUUAGCAGUAUUAAUUUCUUCACAUUAGAUAUUAUUUAUUAAUUUUUAGGAAAGAGUUAUGUUACAGUCUUCCACAGGGCACAUGAAUGGAGUUGGGUGAUGUCUAUGUCUAGUGAGUCUGCACUGUGUCUAUGUGAGUGAAUUGCAGCCAACAGGUGGUAAUAAACAUCAACUUGUAUAUCAUGAAGCAUAUAGCUGUUGGAAAGGAAAAGGUUGAGGUAGUGCUACCUUGGACCAGUGUCUAAAGCCUUGGUUGGAGAUUGAAAGCCAAACAUUAAUAACUAUUAGUCUUGUUGGGCUCCCAGUCCACAAAGACUUGUAGUGACAUGUGUAGCUGGUGAAGCAUUUGUGGAGAGACAUAGGGGGACAUGGGAUGAAGAGAUCCAGCAACUAGCAGACUUACCACUCAGUUUGCAUGGCAUGUGGUUUGGUUGGGUGCUAUCUGUUGGCAUGCACUGAUGCAUGCAGACAAGGAGUUUGCCUCAAAAAUUAUUGUUAUUUCAGAAGGUAUAGUACAGUUGGAUGCAUAAUUGAUCUAUAUGAAAGAACUUGCAAUAAUGAAGUCAUUCUAUAAGAAUUUUAAAAAUUUUGGUUAUAUUUUACAAAAGUAUAGCAUGAUUGAUUUUGAAUUAUAUAAAUGCUAAACUCAUUUUGAAUUCAUAAUUUGGGUAGAAUCAAUAUUAUUAUAAUGAUACUGAGAUAUUUUUUAUCCUAAUUUUGAUCAUCUAUUACAAGAAAGUUUUCCAUUAUGAAAAUUUUUAAAUUUUGAUUUACAUGUAUUAGCAGGAUGGAUUUCAUAUAGGAAGGCAUCCUUGUAUCUGUCCCACAUAGAGAAACAAUAUUUUUUAUUAUUUAAGUUGAACUCCACCUUGUAAGAACAAUGAUAGAUUUGAAGCAGCUCCAGAGUUGACAGGUUAUGGACAAACAUCCCCAGGUUCAUUGUGCUUCAUUUCAUCCCAUACUUUCAGUUUGGCAGACAUAGGGUUCAGUGAUGAAGGAUACAUAUGUAUAAUUAUGCUCCCCAAAAUUUACAUGUGGAAAGUGAACAAUUAUUUUUUUUUCAAGAAUAGAAUUUUUAUAGAAAUGGAUGCUGUACUUGGAUAUAUUACAUAAUGUUAGUUAUUCUGUAUCUCUACCUGAUGUACUGUCUUAAAACUCAAAAUCUAAUUAACUUUAUAUUCAUCAUGGUCAUUUCUCGAAAUAAAUCAAGAAAAGAGUUACUGUGUACCUGUGAACAGCAUAAUUUCCAAAUGGUGUUAUUGCUUUUUCACAGACUAAAGAGUGUAUGACUAACUGUGAUUCUUACAAUAAGAAUUAUUGAUUUUAUAAUCACUGAAAUAAGUAAAAUUAAGUACACAUAGCACUAUCUUUAUAUUGGUUUAUUUUUAUGCUUUUGCAUAUUACAUUACACGUUAGACACAUAAUUAGUUUCAUGGUUGAACAUGUGUAGGUAUUUGGCUGCAAACCAUUUGGAUCUCCAGACAGAUUCAAUAUUCACAAGAUUCUGGGUUAUAAAUUUGAACAAAACACUUUGAAGUUUUGUGAAUUAUAAUGCUGGAGGUUCAUUUGAUCUUUGAAAUCAUUGCCUGUGCACUGAUUUGGUCUGGUACUAUAUUCUGUUCUAUAGAGUGUCCAGUUCUUGGAUGUGAACUUGAUGUGAUGAAUUAGGAAAGGUCUUCCAGUAGUGGAUUGAUUUGUGUCUGUGAUUGGCUUGAAUUGAGAGGGUAAUUGUCUGUCAGAGAAAACUGCUUAGUGCUGCUGAUUGAAAUAUAAAGCAGAAUCAAGUUGAAACUUACAAUUUUUGUCAUUAUAUUGGAUUUACAGUAAAGUACAAGUCAAGUUGUGAUGUUAGACUGCCCAGGAGUAGAGGCAGUUGAUUGCUAUCAUACAUGGGGUGUGGAUCAGCUUGAGUCAUUAUUAUCACCAUCACCUGCAUAUCUGUCUUCAUGUCACAGCCAGAACUUCAUCCUGUAUCAUCAUCAUCAUCAUCAUCAUCAUCAUCAUAAUAAUCAUCAUCAUCAUCAUCAUUAUUUUCAUCAUCAUCACUGUAACAUUAUCACCACAUGGAGUUAGAGCAAAUGCAGCAAGUCUUUAAUGAAAGAAAGGGAAGUAGUGCUUUCAACCCCGGCUCUUUCCAAGUUGAUUUUCAGACUUGAUUCUUUCAUGUACCAAUGUCUCCAUUGUGAUUAUGUUCUGAAAUCUUGGAAAUCCUAAGCAGACAGAACAUCUUCAUAUUUGAUAUAAAGGACAGUGAUUCUUGUAAGUUCUUGAAAUGAAAUAUUUAUGAACCACUGGUGUAUAAUAGUAAACAUAAUCCAAGGACACAUAAUUUUUUUAAGCUUUAACAUGCCAUAUUUUGAGUUACUCUAAACCAAGGAAUUCUUUGGUUGUGUACAGGUUGCCUGUAGCUAUUCAUGUCUGAUAGAUUAGCUCAUGCAGUGGCAUGAUUACAGCUAGAUGAAAAAAAGGGAAAUCAUUGUAUUAUUAGUCUCCAGCCAAUGGAGGUGUGCUUGGUACCUGAGAGAGUCAGUGUCCUGCUGUCUUUUGACUUGCUGUGUAUUUAUUGCUUCAGAGUAUCAGAUGUGUGAUGUGACUUUACAGAAUUUGUCAUUGUACUACAUGCUUUGCAACACCAGAUUGUCAACUCAAAAUUGAAGAGUUAUUCAUCAAUAUACAAUAAAUUAAAUUUCAUUGA